AAGAAGAAGCACCACAACAAUGAUGGCGCCUGAUAUCAACAAUGAUGGUGUUUCUUCAUGCGGCUGUAAAGGCAUCCGACGAUGUCUCAUAUGUGAAAAGUACAAAGGGAAAACUCAGACAGAGACAAGGGAGCCGAAGGAGACUGUGCACCAUUUCCUCUAUGAUGCUAAAACAAAACUCGCUGUCUGCAAAGAUGGAGAAGGUGCAUCUUUUUCUUUUCCUGGUGUCUUCCUAUGGGAGAACUUCAUAUCUGAGGAAGAGGAGAAGGAGCUGAUUGGCUCCAUGGACCAGGAUGUUUGGAAUCCGUCACAGUCUGGUCGAAGGAAACAGGACUAUGGUCCCAAGGUGAACUUCAAGAAAAAGAAAGUGCGUCUGGCAGACUUCAAAGGACUCCCUGCUUUGAGCCAGAAACUGGUGCUGCGGAUGCAACAGGAGCCAAACCUGCAGGGCUUCCAACCGGUGGAGCAGUGCAACCUGGACUACCACCCUCAGCGAGGCUCCGCCAUCGAUCCACACCUGGACGACUCGUGGCUGUGGGGGGAAAGGCUUGUCACGGUCAACAUGCUCUCGGAGACCGUGCUCACCAUGUCUCUGGAGGAGGGCGUGCCAGAGCGCGGACUGGUGGGGGUGACACACGUGGCCGUAAGGCUUCCUAGGAGGUGUUUGGUGGCGCUGUACGGGGAGGCCAGGCACAGAUGGAAACACGCCAUUCAGAGAGAGGACAUUCAGGAGCGCAGAGUCUGCAGCACCUAUAGAGAGCUGUCCGCAGAGUUCCUGCCUGCAGGGCGGCAGGCGGAGCUGGGAGCCACGCUGCUCAAUAUCGCUUUGACGUUCAGAGGAACUCCGGUAUAAACGCAUCAGACGUCUGAAGUGUCCUUAACUGAAGUGAAUGCUUGUAGUCUUUUGCGCAACCAUUUACCAAAACAAGGCAAAACAGCUCUAAUAUUCCAAAGACUGUUGUGAAGCAAUGUUUUAUAUGUUGUUGUUGUUUUUUUCUAAUUCGAACUUUCACAACAGUUUAUCCAAAUCGUUGCGCCUGUAUUCUGAAAAUAAAGUAUUUUCUUUCUGUU